AUGGCCUCGCCGCCAGAGGGGGCGUUCCCCCUGCCCCCGCUCCUCACCCACCCCUCGUCGCCCGCCGGCUCCCCGGUCCUCGUCACCCAGGGCGCCGAGGCCCGCCUCUACCGCACGACGUUCCUCUCGCCCUCGCUCCCCGCCGCCCUCAAGUACCGCCCUAAGAAGCCCUGGCGCCACCCGACGCUCGACGCCCGCCUCACCCGCGCCCGCAUCCUCGCCGAGGCCCGCGUCCUCGCAAAGUGCCGCCGCGAGGGCUGCCCCGUCCCCGCCCUCUACGCCCUCGACGAGGCCGCCGGCUGGCUGAUGCUCGAAUGGAUCCCCGGCGCCCCCGUGCGGGUGCGCAUCAACGAGUGGGUGGACGGCGUCGUCAAGGUUAGCGGCGGCGGCGCCGACGACGGCGGGCGCCUCGCGAAGAUUCCCGAGGGCGACAACGACGAAAGAAGGCACGAGGUCGUCAUGCAAGGCUCCGACGAGGCCGCGCGCCCGCGCGCGGCGGAUACGGCAGGGGAGGAAAAGACCGUGGCCCAGGAGCGGGACACGACGGACCUCAAGAGCCUCAUGCGCCGCAUGGGCGCCGCGAUAGGCAGGAUGCACAAGAUCGGCAUCGUCCACGGCGACCUCACGACGUCCAACAUGAUGCUGCGGCCGCCGCCGACGCCGACUUCCGCCGCCGCCGCCGCCGCAAACACAGCCACGGCCCCGGCGGGCGAUGACGCGGCGUCGUCGCCAUCCCCCCUCGACGGUGACGUCUUCAUCAUCGACUUUGGCCUCGCCAGCCAGAGCACCUCGGACGAGGACCGCGCCGUCGACCUCUACGUCCUCGAGCGCGCCUUCGGCAGCACACACCCGCGCGCCGAAGCCUACUUCCGCGACGUCCUCGACGCCUACCGCGCAUCCUACAAGCAGGCGCCCGUCACGCUCAAGAAGCUCGAGGACGUCAGGAUGCGGGGUCGCAAGAGGAGCAUGAUUGGAUAG